GGAGUGUGUGUAAGUAUGUUCGCCGAUUGGAUGUGCAUGUGGGUGGGGUGUGUAUAAAUUCAGCGAUUGGUAUCACACCAACCCUUUAUGUCUUUUUUCGACUUGGAACGGGUAUUCACUUUCUGUCUUCUCACCUACGCACGAUGUGUCGUGUCAAAGCAAGCAAGUUACGCAUUUAAUCAGAGUGCACUGCGGUGGGGUGCGCAUUGAUCUUUAUUGAAGGAAAUAUUGUGUCAUUUUUUUGUAGAGUGUUGUUCGACUUUCUCAAGUUUUUCACCAAACAGUUUUUAACUCAGCCAGCAUGAGAUUUAAAAUUUGGUGUGUCUCUGUGGUCGUCGUUCUUGUUUCCAUGGCGACCGUCGCGGCCGUGACGGUGCGGGAGAUUGAGAAACUGAAGGCGAACAUUGUGGCACAGGAGGCGGCUAUGAGGAUAGGCAGUGGGGUGGAGCUGAACGGGAAUGAGAUGCUUUUGGAUUUUUUCCUACAAGAGCAAAAAGAAAUGGUAAUGGAAAACAGCCGUAAGAACAGACAGACCUACCUACCAGCUGGCAGCUUCUACAAGGUGAAACCGAACGUCAGUGAAGAAGCGAUCUACAAAAUCAUUCAGUUAAUGCCGAAAGGGGCCGGCCUUCAUCUUCACGACGCGGGUCUGACCAGCAGCCAUUGGGUCAUCCAAAAUUUGACAUACAGAGACAAUGUCUACAUGAAGGUGGACGAGCAUGACUUUGUCUUCUUUGCGGUCUUUGACGGAAACCCGGGAAAUCUUACAGAGUGGGAACAAGUACAAGCCCGACGUAGUGCUGCUGGAAAUGUCGAGCAGUUUGACGAAAAGCUACGCCAAAACAUCAGUCUGCUGUCCACCGACCCGCUUACAACAUACUCCACCACGGCCGAAGUUCGGCAACGUUUUGAGAGGUACCUGCAGCAGAUGAGAUAUCUGCUGUACAACACUGAGAUCAUGAGAGACUACUUCAGACAAGCGCUGGAGGAAUUCAAGGCAGACAAUGUGCAGUACAUCGAAGUGCGGAGUAUUUUGUCUAUGUUCACGAGUAAUGUCAAGGACGCACUACGGAUGUUCGACCAGGUGGUGCACGAGUUCAAGAAAGACAACCCGGACUUCAUUGGAGCCAAGAUAAUCAUGACGAGCCUCAGACACCCCCUGCAGGAGACUGUGGCCGAGGAAGUGCAGACGGCGCUGACAGCAAGGGCCGCUUACCCUGACCUAGUGGCGGGGUUUGACCUGGUGGAAGAAGACGAAAACGGCAGACCACUGUCCUUCUACCUGCAAUCUCUGACUGCGACUGAUGGGAAACUGCCUUACUACUUCCAUUCUGCUGAAACCAAAUGGCAAGACACCGAAGUCGAUCGGAAUGUUAUCGACGCCCUCCUCCUGAACACACGGCGCAUCGGGCACGGCUACGGCCUGCUCAAGCACCCCAAGGCACUGGAGAUGGUGAUGACGAAAGACACGGCCAUCGAGAUCAACCCUAUCUCAAACCAGAUACUCGGCCUUGUCUCGGAUCUGAGAAACCACCCCAUGGCAAUGCUGGCCUCACAGACAUACCCGGUAGUGGUCAGCUCGGACUACCCCGCCGCCUGGGAAGCGGCACCCCUCUCCCACGAUUUCUACGUCGUGUUCAUGGCGACGUCAGGCCAGAAAACAAGUCUUCCCUUUCUGAAGCAACUGGCCGUCAACUCUAUUAGGUACAGCAGCAUGACGCCAUUCGACAAACAUGUAGCACUGAACAAAUGGAGCCAGAAAUGGGACGAGUUUGUGAACAAGACCCUCACCCUCUUCAACCUAACAAUCCACACCCACUCUACAAACGGACUAAGUCCUUCACAAACGCCUGCGGGUGUUGUCUUUCUCUUCACCGUCGCUUGUUUCUCGUUGAUCGUCAAAGUUGUCAUUUGAGUACAAGUUGUAUUGACAGAAUCUACAAUACAAGUUGUAUCUACAGAAUCUAAAAUACAAGUUGUAUUGAAAGAAUCUACAAUACAAGUUGUAUUAACAUAAUCUACAAUACAAGUUGUAUUGACAUAAUCUACAAUACAAGUUGUAUUGACAGAAUCUACAAUACAAGUUGUAUUGACAUAAUCUAUAAUACAAGUUGUAUUGACAGAAUCUACAAUACAAGUUGUAUUGACAUAAUCUACAAUACAAGUUGUAUUGACGAAAUCAA